AGGCUUCUUGCAGCCCCGUCCUUGCUUUGGGAUUGCGGUCUGAUGGAGGGCCGAGGUGCCCACCCUCGCUCCACCUGCUUCCUCGGUCCCAGCACCCGGGGACCUGCAGCUUCACCCUUCUGGCCCCACCAUGCCGAGGCCUGCCACUGGCCUCCUUUCCCUUUCUUGUUUUGAGUGUCGGUCUGUCCUGCAGCCCCCGCCCCCUCAGGGAGGCGCCUCAGGGCUGCCCGCCCCUCCGGCCUGGUUUCCUCAGGAAAAGCCCUGGGAGGAAGCAGGGAGGAGGUCGGGAGCUGUGGGGGCCAGAGUAACCCAGCCCUCCCUGCACGGCUGCCAUGGGGCUGCGGCUGCUGCUCCCACUGCUGCUGCUCUGGCCUCAGGGGACUCGGGGGUCCCAGCUGGACCCCAGUGGGCAGCACGUCUGUGUGGCCAGCAGCCCCUCUGCUGAGCUGCAGUGCUGCGCAGGCUGGAGGCAGAAAGACCAAGAAUGCAGCAUCCCCAUCUGUGAGGGGCCGGACGCCUGCCAGGAAGACGAGGUGUGUGUGAAGCCGGGCCUCUGUCGGUGCAAACCUGGGUUCUUUGGGGCCCACUGCAGCUCCCGCUGCCCGGGCCAGUACUGGGGCCCCGACUGCCGCGAGAGCUGUCCCUGCCACCCACACGGCCAGUGCGAGCCGGCCACAGGCGCGUGCCAGUGCCAAGCCGACCGCUGGGGCGCCCGCUGCGAGUUCGCGUGCGCGUGCGGCCCCCACGGCCGCUGCGACCCUGCCACUGGCGUGUGCCACUGCGAGCCGGGCUGGUGGUCGUCCACCUGCCGCCGCCCGUGCCAAUGCAACCCCGCAGCGGCGCGCUGUGAUCAGGCCACGGGCGCCUGCGUGUGCCAGCCGGGCUGGUGGGGCCGCCGCUGCAGCUUCCGCUGCGCCUGCCAUGGCUCCCCGUGCGAGCAGGACUUGGGCCGCUGCGCCUGCCGGCCGGGCUGGUGGGGCCCCAACUGCCGGCAGCAGUGCCAGUGCGAGCGCGGCCAAUGUAGCCCCGCCUCUGGCCAGUGCACCUGCCCGCCGGGCUUCCGCGGAGCGCGCUGCGAGCUGCCUUGCCAGGCCGGGAGCUACGGGGUGCAGUGCGGACUCAGCUGUGGCCACUGCAAACAUGAUGAGCCGUGCUCUCCAGACACGGGCAGCUGUGAGUCCUGCCAGCCAGGCUGGAAUGGGACCCAGUGCCAGCAGCCCUGCCCGCCUGGCACCUUUGGUGAGAGCUGCGGGCAGCAGUGCCCUCACUGCCGACAUGGGGAUGCCUGUCAGCCAGAUACCGGCCACUGUCAGCACUGCGACCCGGGCUGGCUGAGGCCCAGGUGUGAUGACCCCUGCCCCAUGGGCACCUUUGGGGAAGACUGUGGCUCUGCCUGCCCCACCUGUGUUCAGGGGGCAUGUGACGCUGUGACAGGGGAAUGUGUCUGCAGUGCCGGCUACUGGGGGCCCAGCUGCAAUGCCUCCUGCCCAGCUGGCUUCUAUGGAAACAACUGCUCGGUUCCCUGUGAAUGCCCAGAGGGACUCUGCCACCCUGUCUCUGGGUCCUGCCAGCCGGGCUCUCUCGGCCAUGCCGCCGCCCUCCUCGCGGGCAUCCUUGUGCCCCUGCUGCUGCUCUUCCUCGGCCUCGCCUGCUGUGCCUGCUGCUGCUGCUGGACCGCCCGCUCAGACCUCAAGGACAGGCCGGCGAGAGAUGGAACCACGGUGUCCAGGAUGAAGCUGCAGGUCUGGGGGACGCUGACCAGCCUGCGCUCCUCACUGCCGUGCGGCUCCCUCGGUGCCCACAAGCUCCCCUGGGUGACAGUCUCGCACCACGACCCGGACCUCCCCUUCAACCACAGCUUCAUCGAGCCGCCCUCCGCCGGCUGGGCCUCUGACGACUCCUUCUCAUCCGACUCUGAGCCUGCAGAGGCCGAUGAGGCUCCUGCCUACUGUGUGCCACCCCAGGAAGGGAUGGUCCCUGAGGCCCAGGCACAGUCGUUGGAGGCGAGCCUGGCUGGAGGUGUCUUCCCUCCCCCAGAGGACGCCUCCACGCCAUUCGCCAUCCCGCGCACCUCCAGCCUAGCUCGGGCCAAGCGGCCGUCCGUCUCCUUCGCCGAAGGUACCAAGUUUGCGCCUCAGACUCGCCGAAGCUCAGGGGAGCUCUCCAGCCCGCUCCGAAAGCCCAAGAGGCUCUCCCGGGGGGCACAGGCAGGUCCCGAGGGCCAGGAAGCCGAGGAGUCCACAGGCCCAGAGGAAGCAGAAGCGGGCGAGUCCCUUCCCACGGCUGCCAGCCCUGGGGAUUCAGCCACCAGCCACCGGCGGCCUCCACUGGGUGGCCUGACAGUGGCUGAGCAUGUGGAAGCCAUCGAGGGCAGCGUCCAGGAGGCCUCAGGUCCUGUGACCACAAUCUACGUGCUGGCAGGGACGCCCCAGGGAUCCGAAGGCCCCGUCCGGUCUGUCUUGCGCCAUUUUGGUGGCUUUCAGAAAGGCCAGACAGAACCCAAGGUCAAGAGGGCCAUCCCUAAGCCUCCACGCCAGGCCCUGAAUCGGAAAAAGGGCAGCCCCGGUGUGGCCUCUGUCAGCCAGAGCCCCAGCUCACCCCCAAAUGCCAGGCUCCCGGGGGCCACAGGCUCCCAGGCUCCAGCAGCCAAGCCAGAGGAAGUGGCCCAGGGGCUGGGGGCUGGCACGGAGAGUUCAGGGGGCACCCAGGAGCCAGUCUCUGGGGGAGGCUCCCCAGAACAGGAUCCCCAGAAGCAGGCUGAAGAGGAGAGGCAGGAGGAACCUGAGUACGAGAAUGUCAUGCCCAUCCCCAGGCUACCAGAGCCCUGAUAACCUUCAAUCUGGGGAGUGGGAAGACUGGAGGUGACAAGAGGGGGCACCAGAACUGCCCAUGGACUAGACUGUGCUGUGUGCUGGAAACGGUCCCAGGGCCAGGACAGACAUCCCAGAGCCUCUGUCCUUCCACAGGGAAAAGGCAGGGUUCGAGGCCAGCUGGCUCAGGGCCCUGGCGGUGCUCCCGGAGGGGGCUGGGGAGACCGGGGGCCGAGACCCUGAGGGAGGGUCAGGGAGGGAUGGCUGCAGGGACUUCUCCUCUGCCGUCCUGCACCCGGCCAGCCGCAGAAGGGCUAUUCUUUCUUUCAUGUGCAAAACAUUUUUCUGAACUGGGAAACAACCUAAAUGUUUGCUGAUAAAAGAUUGGCUAAACAAAUAUUUCUUAUGAUAAAUGACUAUACAACCACUAAAAAUCACGUCGUGCAAGAAUA